CAUGGCCGUAACGCGGAGGCUCUAGGACCCCGAGGACGAAGCGCUGCUUUCCACCUUUAAAGAUGGCGGAAUCCGAUGCUUCUAUUUCCAGCUCUUCGGACAUUUUUUACAAUGAAUUACUCAGCCCCUCCGAGCUGUUCGCCGCGCGCUCCCGGAGUCACAAAAUACCGGCGCGCGGCCAGAAGGAGUUCCUGCCGGACGGGUCCGCGCGCCAGCGCGAGAGGCUGCAGCAUAGCCUGGAGGAGCAUUGGAGCCUCAUCUCUGAGGAGCGCGUGGAGAGGCUAGGAACCCUGGUCAAGGGUGAAUGGAUUCCCAGCAAGAAUGUGGUGGUGCUGAAGUCACCAGCGGGGAAGUUUUGGCAAACAAUGGGAUUCUCCGAACACGGGAAGCAGCUUCUCCUCCCUGAAGAGGCCCUUUACCUCAUGGAAUGUGGCAGCGUCCAGGUGUUCCUCCACGAUCUGCCUCUGUCCGUACAGGAAGGGUACGAAAUGUUUCUCUCCAAAGACACUGUGAAUUUGCUGCAAUACCAGGUGAGACUGGCACCUCAGAGCAACAUGCAGUGCAGAUGUACUCUUCCACUUAGCGGGUUCAUGCAGUGCAAGUCUGUCUCUUCCCUGAAGGUGUUUAGUCAUCUGAAAAGGCUGGGCUAUGUGGUGAGCAGAUUCGACCGCAGUAGCGUCCCAUCUCACUAUGCGAGACGGCUGAACCUUCCCCCGGAGCAAGAUGGCCAUGGAAGGCAGCUCAAACGGAAACGCAGCCCUCCGCCCCGGCUGCCUGAUGGACAGGGAGGAGUUGCGGGGGAAUCCCCAGAGAUGCGUGGCGGUGAGCCCAAGAGCCAGAGGGUCGAUCCAGAGGACGGGGCAGCGGGCUUAUCCAAGCCAGAGGCAGAAAGGAUGGUGGAAGACGUCCCCGACGUAAUCCCCAGCGGGGUCCCCGAGAGGACAUGGUGGGUGGAGGGGGGUGCAGAUCUCCCGCAGAGCCCAACGCGACCCCGACACCACGGCUGGGACUGGGAAACCAUCACGUUCCCCGACCUGGGUGCCCGCAGAUGCCAGCCUGCCUUGGCUGCCCCUGACCCAUCCCUGCUGCCCGGGGGGCUCUCAGUGGGCGUCUGCGCCGUGGAGCCCUGGCUGCGGAGGCUGAACCUGCGGCCAGAGCGCCUGUCACGACGGGAAAGAGAGCGGGAGAGAAGCCGGUACCGCCGCGACGUCAAUGACGACAGGGAGGUGCGGCACUGCCUGAGCUGGGCGGAGUACCACGAGCUGCUGAGGAGGAGGCGGGGCCGCCGCGAUAGGCCGGAACAUCUGUGGGAGGGAAAGGUCACGCCCCUUCUCCAGCCAGGACAGCACACCACAGCAGGGGACGUCCUGGAUAAGAUUGGCAUCGUCGGAGCCUCCCGCCUGCUGGAUGGUGCAGCCGGUUUAGACGACCCUGAUGGGUGGAAGAUCAGCUUCGAUGUCUUUCAGCCUGACACUGUGGCAGAGUUUAAGAAGUCGAACCCGGGGAGGCCUUACUCCCGUCUGUGUGUGUGCAGUUUUGAAGGCCCUGUGCCUGACCUGCGGGUGCUGAAACAGCUGGCUUUCCAGAGUGGGGAUGUGCCGGUGACGUUUGCAGUGGUGGACCAUGGAGACAUCUCCUUUUACUGCUUCAAGGACUUCCAGCUGCCAACUGAUACCUCACACUGACACUUUGCCAUCGAUUGCCAGUCAGCCCCAAUGAGAGUUAGGUGCUUAGAUCACCAUUUAAGGAACAUUUGCCAAAGUGACCUGGAAUGCUUGGCUUUCCUUGAGAAAGCGGAUCUUUACAAAAAAAUUGAGAAAUAUCAGGGGAUGACCUACAUCUAAUAGCUUUUUAAAAAAAAAUAAAAAAUCUCUGCACUACAUGAACAUGAUGUGGUUUGAGCGGGAUGGAGAGUAACAAAGGGGCUCGGCUUCAUUCUGCAGCUUUCUCUGGAUGCUCUCACAUUGUUUGUUGUAUUCCUAACGUCAAUAAUCUAGUUCCUCAAAAGCUAAUCAUCGCUGACGGUUACCUUUAUUAUUUUAUUAUCAUUUUGUAAAUUUUAUUCUUUUGAAUUGGGAUAAACUGGGUUAGUUUCUUUGUCAACUGGACAUUGGGUAAUAAAUCAGUAUUUUUUUUUAUUUGCUUGAGAGGCAUUGAUAAAGUAUUUCCUGUUAUUUUGUAGAUUGACUAAACUGCGGGAUUGAAAUUGUAAUUUUACAACCAUGUGCAACGUUAGAUAAAUCAAAAAAAGUAUUGAAAUGCGAUAUAAAA